GAAGCAGCCAGUCCAAAGCCAGACCGCUGAAAAGCUGCUAAAAUUGCCCACCCACUCGCGAAGAAGCAGUCGACGACCCAAGCGGCGGACAUGCUACAGGCACGCAUGAAGGCCCCGUACCCCAUGUACGAUCUGGAGGGCGGCAUGGGCGUGCCCGCCAAGGAGUACAAAGCCUCCAAGGGCCACGCCAUCAGCCGUCUGCGAGACAAUAAGGCGCUGCGAAUCGGCGUGAGUCUGUGCGUGUGGUACUUCUUCUCCACGUCCGCCACCUUCACCAAUAAGGUGCUGAUCAAGGAGCAUCAUGUAUCGGCCGAGAUGCUCACGAUGUGUCAUCUUUUCAUCAGCAUCAUCCUUGACUUUGUGGUGCUGACGUUCCCGAGCUCGCCGACGAAUUCUGGAGCCUGGCGCAUGCAGCGCGUCCGCAUGCGCAGCAUCAUGUGGAUCGUGCCGCUCAGUCUCUUCUCGGUCCUUGCUAAGAUGCUCACAUACUGGAGCUACAACGCUGUGCCCGUGUCCAUCACGCAGACGUGCAAGGCGUCGCAGCCCUUCUUCAACGUGGUGUUGGCCUACGUGGCCUACCGCUCGCGGUUCUCCCUCGCCACGUACUCGAGUCUCGUCCCCAUCGUCUUUGGCGUCGUCAUGGCUUCCGUGUCUGAAAUGGGCAUGAACGAUCUGGCAUUUUCAGGGGUAAUAUUUGCCGUAACGUCGGCACUGCUAGGCGUCAUGCAGAGCAUGUAUGCCAAGUUCCUGCUGCGCCGCCGGAUCGUAGUUGACACGGUCAAUCUUCACUUCUACAGCGCGUUCGUGUCUUUUGCCAUCAACGCGCCCUUCGUGCUUAUGGCUGCUCGUGCUCACCAGGACAACUUCGUAGCAAGUUUCCCGUUCGGCAAAGUCUUGAUGUGCAGUUUGAUGCACUUCAUCGGCAGUUUCUGCUCGUCGUGGGUGCUGGGAGAGGUCUCGGAGCUCACGUUCUCCAUUAUGAGUACGAUGAAGCGCGUGGUCGUCAUUCUCAGCGCUGUAUUGUACUUUGGCAACCCCGUCACUUUCCAGUCCAUUCUCGGCAUGGCUCUCGCGGUGCGUUCCUAUACAAUUGGGUUUUACCUCGACAUUUGUUCUCAUAUUCCUGCUUGUGGCUGUAUUUCUUGCAGAUUGGUGGUGUGGCUGCCUACCAGCUACUCAAGAUCUCGGAAAAGCAGUCCAAAAUGCUGCCAUUGCCGCUAACGGUCAAAACAUCCGAAUAAGCCGCACCUUUUUGUUUUCAUUGCCUUGGAUAUACUACGAGUAGACGAUAUAGAUUACAGUUGAGGGAGAACGAAGCAGGGAAGCAAGACGAACGUGAACAACAAAUGACGCCAGAAUGCUGGCGUACAAGGAUAAGGUUCAGAACCGAAUGAACAUUCUUGACAGCAACAGUGAAGUAAAAAGUCACCAUACAUAAUGUCCAAAAGUAAAGUUGCUCAUUAAAAACAUGCCAAGAUUGUCAGCCCUUGGGAACUGUACCGCGCUUAAGCAAUUAUACAUCCACGCUGCGCUGGUUCAG